UCCUCGGUCGAUCAUUAAACCGAUUACUCUCUCUCUCUCUCCUCUAACAUUUUCUAAAAUUCAAGGAAUAACUCAUCGAACUCGUCGGGUGAUCAAGAAAUAUCGGUAAGCCUUUCUCUAGGCGUUAGAUUCUUUGCUUUCGUCAUAUGACUAACCCAUUCCCAGAUCACGCAUUUACCUUUGAAGUUUUAAUGAUCAGGUCUCCAUGGACCAUACUGAUUCAAGGACAGGAGUAGAUGCCCCGCCAAGCAGUACUCCGAAUUGGACAAUUAACGUUUCAGAUACGAGGACAGUUAAAGUCGGUAACGUCUCACUUGCUGCCUCUGAGAGGGAUAUCAAAGAAUUCUUUUCUUUUUCUGGUGAUAUCCAAUAUGUUGAAAUGCAGAGGGAAACGGAAACAUCUCAGCUUGCAUAUGUCACUUUCAAAGCUUCACAGGGAGCCGACACAGCAAUGCUUUUGACUGGAUCAACAAUAGCCGAUCGUUCUAUCUCUGUAACAGCUGUUGAGAACUACCAGCUGCCUCCUGAUGCUCCUCCUACAACCCCGGUGACAAAGACAACUGCCACCGGCUCAGCUGUUAAAAAGACCGAGGAUGUGGUAAGCACCAUGCUUGCCAAAGGCUUCAUCCUAGGCAAGGACACCCUUAACAAGGCAAAAUCAUUCGACGAGUGGCACCACAUAACAUCGAACGCAUCCGCCACAGUUGCCUCUAUCGACCGCACAAUAGGCCUCACUGAGAAGAUAAGCAUAGGGACAGCGGUAGUCAAUGAAAAGGUGAGAGAAAUGGACGAGCGGUUCCAAGUGUCCGAAAUAACAAAAUCAGCCUUUUCAGCUGCCGAGCAGAAGGCUAGCACUGCGGGGGCUGCUAUCAUGAGCAAUCCUAUUGUAUCGAGCGGAGCGUCAUGGUUGACGAGUGCAUUCGGUGCAGUCACCAAAGUAGCUGAGGAUGUGAGUAGUAUGACCAAGGAGAAGGUUGAAAAGGCAGAGGAGGAAAAGAAAGAGACCCUUGACAAGGAGAGAGCGGCAGUUGUUAACGAUUUCGCUCAUCUCGACGGGUCUUCAAUCGGAGAGAUUCAGAUUGACACUGCUAGUUCAGCUGAUAAUCAUAAGUUUGCAAUUGUAUGAAUCUCAUUGUGCAGUCUCCCAUUUUCCUCUGAAACUAUGAGUUUUUUUCUCGUGUAUAAUACUGCCUCUAUGUUACACUAAAAUUUAUGGAGUUCAGAAAUAUGAUUAAGCUUGACUUGUUCUAUUAGGCGAGCAUGAGCUUCAAUUGAA